GUCAUUUUGAGUUACUACUCCAAUUGGUCAUGAAGAUUUCAUUCUGAUACCUUUGUUUUUACAGCAACGGAACAAUAUGUUGCAAAUCGUUAUUGUUUGACGUGGCCGUGAGCGAAAGACCCCCAGCGUCUUUCUCGUACUGAAAUUCUUGGAAACCCUGGAUAGGAAGACUCGGAUCCAGUAUUGCAAACCAUAUUGCUGGUUGCCAGGCAGAAGCACAGUUAGGGACAGGCGAGAGGCGAGGUCGUUGGACGGGCAGUGACAGACAGAAGUGGCCAGGAUCUACAAAAGUCCCUGGUCCAGACAGCCCAAGAACCUGUAAACAAGGACCAGGUUCCAGAACUUCGGUGUGAAAGCACCUAAUAAGAGUCGGACUGCAAUACAUGGGACCUGGUGCUUUACAACCAUAAUCAUCUAAGCGAUGGCUCACUGUUCCAAUGAGGAGGUUUCAGCAUAUGGUACCCAGACCUCGCUCGCCGACCUCUUGCUGGGUUAUCUGGAGGAGCUCAGUGAUGACGACCUGAAGAAGUUUAAAUGGAAACUGAGUAACACAAGAUAUGAAGAUUCAAAGCUCCCUCCUUAUAGUCGGGUGAAGGUCUUGGAUAUAAUUGAUUUCACUGACCUAAUGAUACGUUCCUAUGGUGAAGUCGGUGCUCUCAAAGUCACGCUUGAAAUCCUGAAGAAUAUGAACCUGAAUGACCUUGUCCAGAGACUGAAUGAAGACCUGCAGAAGGGCGCUAUCAUGUCAGAAAGACCGAAGCCUACCGGUGCCAGAGGAAGAAAAAGAAAAAGAAGAGAGGAGGAAAAACAGGAAAAAGACAGAGGGGAGCUCAUGUCCAGCACGAUGAAAUGUAACCUGAAGAAGAAAUGUGAGCGUGUAUUUGAAGGGAAAGCUAAGGGAGGACAGCCAACACUUCUCAGUGAGAUUUACACAGAACUCUACAUAACUGAAGGUGGGACUGGAGGAGUCAAUGAUGAACAUGAAGUGAGACAGAUUGAAAUAGCAUCCAAGAAAAGGCAAACAGAAGAUACUACAGUCAAGUGCAAUGAUAUAUUUAUACCCUCAUGUGGGCGUAGGACACCUAUUAGAACCGUACUCACUAAAGGAGUGGCAGGUAUCGGGAAAACAGUCUCCGUGCAGAAAUUUAUUCUCGACUGGGCAGAAGGAAAAGCAAACCAGGAUGUUCACUUCAUAUUUGCUCUUCCUUUCCGGGUCCUGAAUUUGAUUAAGGAUGAAUACAGUCUGAUUGAACUACUUCACCGCUUUGUCCCAGAACUGAAAUCAUUUCAAUCCACUGAGCUGUUUAGGUACAAAGUCUUGUUCAUCUUUGAUGGUCUGGAUGAGUGUCGCCUUCCUCUAGAUUUUCAGAACAAUGAGAGCUGGUUUGAUGUAACAACGAAAAUGUCACUGGAUGUGCUGUUGACUAACCUCAUUAAGGGGGAUCUGCUUCCAUCCGCUCUCCUCUGGAUAACCUCCCGGCCAGCAGCAUCCAAUCAGAUACCUCCUGAGUGCCUCCACCGGAUGACAGAGAUACGAGGGUUCAGUGAUGCCCAGAAGGAGGAGUAUUUCAGGAGGAGAUUCAGGGAUCAGAGUCUGGCCAGCAGGAUUAUCAAACAUGUGAAAUCAUCAAGGAGCCUCUUCAUCAUGUGCCACAUACCUGUGUUCUGCUGGAUUUCAGGCACUGUCCUUGAGAGGCUUUUUAGUGAGACUGACAGGAGGGAAAUUCCAGGGACUCUGACUGAAAUGUACACACACUUCAUGAUCUUUCAGUCCAGUUUAAAAAAUGACAAGUAUAUGAAGAACUGUGAAACCGAGCUUAAGGAAUACAGCAACAAAUUCUUUUUGAAACUUGGUAAACUGGCUUUUGACAACCUUGAGAAAGGCUAUCUCAUAUUUUAUGAGCAAGAUCUGACAGAGAAUGGCAUUGAUGUCACUGAAGCUUCAGUUUACUCUGGAGUGUGCACAGAAGUCUUUAAAGAGGAAUAUGGGCUGUAUCAGGAGAAGGUGUACUGCUUUGUGCAUCUGAGCAUCCAGGAGUAUCUCGCUGCUUUAUACGUGUUUCUGUCAAACUCAUCAGAUGACCUGCUGAAGACUGCAGUGGAUCAGGCAUUAGAGAGCAAGAAUGGACACUUGGACCUCUACCUCCGCUUCCUCCUGGGCCUCUCAACACACUCCAGUAAGACUCUGUUACAAAGACUACUGGGACAGACAAGAAUCAGCUCACAUAACAUUUGUAAAACAGCCAAAUACAUCAGGGAGAAAAUAGAGGAGAAUAUAUCCCCUGAAAGGACUAUUAACCUGUUCCACUGUCUGGUUGAACUGGGUGACAAUUCUCUAGUAAAUGAUGUAGAAAGAUACCUGAAUUCAGGAAGCCUUUCAGCAGAUGACCUCUCACCUGCACAGUACUCAGCUCUGGCCUUUGUGAUGCUGGUGUCAGAUGAGGAGCUGGAUGUGUUUGAUAUGAAGAAAUACAUCAGAUCAGAUGAAGAGCACUGGAGGCUGCUGCCUGUGGUCAAGAACUCCAGGACGGCUCUGCUGAACGGCUGUGAUCUCAUAGAUAAACACUGUGAAAUGCUGACUUCAGCUCUAAGAUCAAACUCCUCACCCCUGAGAGAGCUGGACCUGAGUGACAAUGACCUGCAGGAUUCAGGAGUGAAGUUGCUCUCUGCUGGACUGGGGGAUUCACACUGUAAACUGGAGAUACUGAGGCUGUCAGGCUGUAGAGUCACAGAAGAAGGCUGUUCUUCCCUGGCUUCAGCUCUGAGGUCAAACCCCUCACACCUGAGAGAACUGGAUCUGAGCUACAAUCACCCAGGAGACUCAGGAGUGAAGCUGCUCUCUGCUGUACUGGAGGAUCCCAGCUGUAAACUGGAGAAGCUGAAUGUGGAUCACGGUGGAGAGUGCAGGACCAGACCAGGCUUACAGAAAUACUCCUGCCAGCUGACGCUGGACCCCAACACAGCAAACAGACUCCUGUCUCUGUCAGGGGGGAACAGGAAGGUGACACAUGUGUGGGGGGCAGAGGAGCAGCCAUAUCCUGAUCAUCCAGAGAGAUUUGACUUCUGGGAACAAGUUCUGUGCAGAGAGAGUCUGACUGGCCGCUGUUACUGGGAGGCUGAGUGGAAUGGAGAUGGAGCCUGUAUAGGAGUCACUUAUAAAGGGAUCAGGAGGAAAGGAGAGUGGGACUGUCUGCUUGGACACAAUGACAAGUCAUGGUGUCUGUGGUGUGAUCCUGACAGUUACUCUGUCCGGCACAAUAAUAAAGAGACUCUCAUACCCAUACGGCCCUCAGGCUCCCGCAGAGUAGGAGUGUAUCUGGACUGGGGGGCUGGUGCUCUGUCCUUCUACAGAGUCUCCUCUGAUGGACUGACCCCCCUGUACAGGUUCACCUCCUCAUUCACUGAGUCCCUCUAUCCAGGGUUUUAUGUUGAUAUAAACUCCUCAAUGUCGCUGUGACGUGUUGCUGGUUCUCCUGGCAAAAUGGUAAAAUCUCUGCUUUUUAACCUUUAUAAUCCUUUUUACUCUGAAUGUAUGUUUGACAAAAAGUUUUUCUCUUACUAAAAUGUAAAUAAAUGUAAUCCUGAUAAGUGGGGGGGGCUUUCCCCCUCCCCUGUAUAUGUACAUUUUAUAUAUUUAUGCCUAUUUACUGUAUUUCCUCCCUGUACAAUGACAAUAAAGACUUUCUGUUCUGUCCUA